AGCAGACAUUCGGCAAUGUCUCUGUCAGCCCCGCCCUGUCCCUCCUUGCCUCUAUCUCUAAUUGGGCGCUGGCCUCUACUGGCCCCGCCCCUCGACGACGUGCGCUCGCUUCCCUCCGAGUCACGGCACCGAGGGGGUGGGAUCGGGCGGGGCAACGGCUCCCUAUUGUCAUGGAGACGAGAAGCCUGCCGCCGCGGAGGCGGGCAUAGCCCGGCCCAGGUGGCUGCCGGCGGGCCGGGAUUGAGGCGAGGCCGGGCGCCCGGGACGGCCGAAGUGGGAGGGAGCGCCGAGCUGGCCGGUGAUGGCUUUUCGGGCGGCCAAGGGGAGCUCGGUGUAGACCGAGUGGUCGCGGGGAGCUACCCCUCCCCGUUCCCUUCGCUCCCGCCUCUCGCGGCCCUUGUGCUCCUCAGCGCCCGCCCCCGGCUCCGCCCGCCGCCGCCGCCGCCGCCGCCCCUGCCGCCGCGGCUGCCCCUCGCGCUAACGGUCGGUAGCUGCCCGCGCGCGCCGCCCGCCGGGGGCUCGCGCCAGCCACGAGGGAGCGUCCGCGGUCCGCGCGCCCGCGCGGCGGAGGAGAGAAUCUACAGUUCAUAAUGGAGCUACUGUACUGGCUAUCGGAAGGAGGAGAUUCAGAAGAUAGGGAGUUGCAGAAUCGUACCACUACUUUCGGAGGGCAAUUCGAUAGUGUACGUAGACUGUAGCAUUAAGUGUUUGCAAAUGUUCAGUGCAUCCUGGCUAACAUGACAUCGAAAAGGUUUCAAAGUCAGCGGCAAGAGGAAAUACUCACCCCAUUACUAAGGUAUGAAAACACCUCCUAAAGGUAGCAUUUUUAAUUAGUGUACAUAAUUGAUUAGUUAGUGAUUUGUCUUCCCCCAAGCUGAAAGCAGCAUGGGGAAGUUGAGUGCGGUCAGGGAAGUCUGAGAUAUUAGGGAUUGACGGUGACAAUGAUCAUGACAGCUAAAUGGAUCU